ACACACGCACAUCGUCUGAAACGGUCAUGAAACCUUUCCACGCCCUGCUUUUCUGUGCAGCUUGUCUGCUGAUCUCUGAAGGUGCAGAGAUCAUUAAUGGCCGCAUCGCUAAGCCUCAUUCCAGACCCUACAUGGCUUACAUAAAAGUCCAAAAAGGAACAUAUAACUUUAUAUGUGGAGGAACUUUGAUAGACUCAGAAUGGGUGUUAACUGCUGCUCAUUGUGAGAUCCCUGAGGGCAAAGUGAUGGCUAUUCUUGGAGCCCAUUCGAGUGAUGACAAUGCGACAGAAGAGGGGAGGCAGAAAUUCAAUGUUACUGAGAUUCUCCAGCACCCGCAGUACAAUGACAUGAAUAUGAGGAACGACAUCCUGCUGAUGAGACUAAAUGCUUCAGCGGGGUUUGGAAAAUAUGUCCAAAAGAAGUCCUUACCGCAAACCUAUGAAGAUAUUGAAGCAGGAACAGUUUGUGAGACAGCCGGAUGGGGAUGGACAGGAGAUCAAUAUGCCGACCGUCUCAUGGAAGUAAAUGUCACCGUUUUGAACAGAAGAACAUGUCAGAGAAAUCUGAAAAACGAAGUGUACAUUACAGAGAACAUGAUGUGCACCGAUGUGGGGCCUGGAGGACAAGACUCCUGUAAUGGGGAUUCGGGUGGUCCUUUAAUAUGCAAUGGCGUCUUCAGAGGACUCAUUUCUUUUGGAACUGAUCCAUGUGGGAAGCAUAACGGAGCGGCCGUGUAUACUCGUCUGACUAAGGAAUACAUAGACUGGAUAAAUAAGAACAUAGGGCAUCAACUAUAAAUCCUCACCAUCAUGUUUUUUACUCCUGUUUCAUUUUAUCACAUUCCUAGAGCCAAAUGUUUUAAUAAACUGGGAUCCGAUAGGUCACCCCCUGACAAAAAACUUUGAGUAGUAGUUGAGAUUUUAAAGGGCAUCUGUCAGCAGUUUAGCACCUAUGACACUGUCUGACCUGUUACAUGUGCGCUUGGCAGCUGAAGGCAUCUGUGUUGGUCCCAUGUUCAUAUGUGACUGCAUUGCUGAUAAAAAUGAUGUUUUAAUAUAUGCAAAUGAGCCUCUAGGAGCAACGGGGGCGUUACCGUUACUCCUGGAGGCUCCACUCUCUCAUGCCAAGCGCUCGCGCAACAGGUCAGCCAUUUUCAUAGGUACAAAUCUGCUGACGGAUGUU